AUGAAUAUUCUUAUCCUAUGGUGUCUUUUUUAUUCAAUACUAACUGGAAUAACUACUUCCUCAUCGUCAUCACCACCAAGUUCAAGUAAUAAAAUUCCUUUAUAUACAAUUGAAGGACAAGUCGUCUUUCCACUUGGUGAAAAUGUUCUUGACAAUAUACGUAUACUAGUUGAUGAAGGUUUAUAUAUCGGUAUACCUCGAGUCGAUGGCACGUUUGUCGUAUCGGGAAUACCAAGUGGUUCAUACAUCGUUUCAGUUAAUUCGCCAUUUCAUAUCUUUGAACCAGCACGUGUCGAUAUUAAUACCAAAGGAAAAAUUCGUGCACGUGCAGUUAAUUUUAUUGAACCAGGCAAAGUCGUUACAAUGAAAUAUCCGCUACGCUUCGAAUCACAUACGAAACCAAAUUAUUUUCAAAAACGUGAAGAGUAUAAUCUGAUUGAUAUUCUUUCGAAUCCAACGUUUUUUCCAAUAAUCUUAGCAGUAAUUUCAAUUCCUUUAAUACUCAUAUUCCUUAAGCAACAACAAGCUAUGCAAAAUAUGCAAGAUGCACCGGAAAUACAAGACACUGUUCAACGACUUAAUAACUUCAUUCAACCAAAUUACAACAACAACUUCCCCGAUAUUAUCGAUUGGUUAAUUACACAUGUAGGUGGUGCGAGAAGAAUACGAUCACCACCCGAAGAGACAACGGAUUCUGAUAGCAAACAGAAGAGAAAAAAGUUCAAACGAGCAAAAAAUCAAACAGACUGA